AAACCAGUUUGGAUCCUCCUCGACCGACUUUCAUCCCUUCCCAUUUCAAUCCGAAUCUGUUCAAACCUGUCGCUCUCGUUCUUUCCCGAAUCCGAAAUCUCUCCGCCGACUCGAUUCCCUUCCCCAAUCCUCACCAGCGCCAAUGCGGCUCCGAGAGCUCCUCCUCGCCACCUUCCUCGUCCUCUUCUUCCUCCUCCUCUUCACCCCGCGGCGCCUCAGCUCCCUCGCCUCCUCGGCUAGCCGGCCGGCCCUGGCCGCCGCGCGCGACCACUCCCGCCUCGCCGCCGCGCUGGAGUCCGGCGGGUCCCGCCCGCGCCGUGUGGAGUCGUGCCCCGCCAGCUACGUGGAUCACAUGCCGUGCGAGGAUCCGAGGCGAAGCAGCCAGCUCAGCCGUGAAAUGAACUACUACCGCGAGCGGCAUUGCCCGCCGCCGGAGGAGACGCCGCUCUGCCUCGUUCCCCCGCCGGACGGCUACAAGGUUCCCGUCCGUUGGCCUGAGAGCUUGAAUAAGAUUUGGCACAGCAACAUGCCAUAUAACAAAAUUGCAGACAGAAAAGGUCACCAGGGAUGGAUGAAAAUAGAAGGGCCUCAUUUCAUUUUCCCCGGUGGUGGUACAAUGUUUCCAGAUGGAGCAGGACACUAUCUUGAAAAGCUUAAAAAGUAUGUUCCGUUAACUGGGGGAGUGCUACGUACUGCCCUUGACAUGGGAUGUGGGGUGGCAAGCUUUGGGGGGGCUUUGUUAGCAGAAGGUAUUCUUACCAUGUCAUUUGCACCGAGAGAUUCGCACAAAGCGCAAAUACAGUUUGCCCUAGAAAGAGGGAUUCCGGCAUUUGUUGCCAUGCUUGGCACUCGGAGGCUCCCAUUUCCCUCCUUUUCUUUUGACCUAGUUCACUGCUCUCGAUGUUUGAUCCCAUUUACGGCCUACAAUGCUAGCUACUUCAUUGAGGUAGAUCGGUUGCUCCGCCCAGGGGGUUAUUUGGUUAUCUCUGGUCCUCCUGUACAGUGGGCUAAGCAGGAAAAGGAGUGGGCAAAUCUCCAAGCUGUAGCAAGAGCUUUGUGUUAUGAGGUCAUUGCUGUGGAUCAAAACACAGCUGUUUGGAGAAAGCCUACUGGGGAUUCUUGUCUCCCUAAUCAAAAUGAACUUGGGAUUAAGUUGUGCGAUGAAUCCGACGACUCAAGUGUUGCAUGGUACUUCAAGUUAAAAAAUUGUGUAAGCAGGACAAGCUCUGUCAAGGGUGACUAUGCAGUUGGAUCAAUUCCAAAAUGGCCAGACAGGCUUAACAGGAUUCCCGUCAGGGCUGGGUUAUUGGAAGGUGGGACUGAUAUUUUUGAGGAUGACACUAGGAGCUGGACAAGAAGGGUUGAUUACUAUAAGAAAUCCUUAAACUUGAAACUGGGAACUACAUCUGUACGCAAUGUCAUGGACAUGAAUGCAUUUUUUGGAGGUUUUGCUGCAGCACUCUCGUCUGAUCCAGUAUGGGUUAUGAAUGUAGUUCCUGCAGACAAGUCCUCAACUCUAAGUGCGAUUUAUGAUAGAGGGCUAACUGGAGUCUACCAUGAUUGGUGUGAGCCUUUCUCAACAUAUCCUCGUACUUACGAUUUCAUCCACGUUGACGGCAUCGCAAUGCUUAUAGAACGUCAAGGCUCAAAAAGGAGAGGAUGUAGCCUCGUGGAUUUGAUGGUCGAGAUGGAUAGGAUAUUGCGUCCAGAGGGGACAGUUCUUAUUCGAGACUCGCCCGAAGUUAUUGACAAGGUUAACCAUAUAGCUCAUGCUGUAAGGUGGACUACGGUGAUUCAUGAGAAAGAUUCAGGAUCUCCCAAAACACAGAAGAUUCUAGUCGCGACCAAAACAAUUUGGAAGCUAUCUUCAGAAUCCCACUGACAACCCCUUCAUUCUUUACACGACCUGUAAUUGUUGUUUAUUCUUUCAAUUUUGAAGCUGAGAGAUUUUCUAACCUACUGUCAAAGUUUUCUUCUUGUUUUUUUUUUUGGGAGGGAGGGGUGGAGAAACGUGCAAGUACAAACGUGCGUAUUCAUCUUGUAGAGAAUGCACGUGCUAACAGAUGUGUUCUCCCACCCAACGGCUGAGCUUUUGC